GUCAGUCACACGCUUCUCUCUAGCUUCGUCCCGCCGAACGUCCAAAAAGAGAGAAAAAACAAGAGUAAUUCGCACGGGAAGCUGGGAAGGCCGUGAGACCGCUUCCCAUGGCGACAGCUGCCGCGGCGCUUUCCGUCCCGCUCCCACUUCGCUUAUCACCGCCACAGCGCCGAAGAUUCCUCUGUACCUCACGGGCGGAGGUUACUUUUCGUACAUCCGGCGGCGCAGUGGCCAGCAAGGUCCUAGACGACUCCGCUAUCAAGCCGCGCGAUCUUAGAGACUACAUCGAGCAGUCCAGGGAGAUUAUACGGCCGGAUGGAGGCCCGCCCCGCUGGUUGUCGCCGAUCGAGUGUGGAGCUCGCGGGAAGGACUCGCCUUUGCUCCUUUACUUGCCUGGUAUUGAUGGAACUGGCCUAGGAUUAAUACGGCAUCACGAGAGACUGGGAAAGAUAUUCGACAUUUGGUGUUUGCAUAUUCCCGUCAUGGACAGAACAACUUUUGCAGGUCUUGUUGAAUUAGUGGAAAGAACAAUCAAAUCUGAAGAGUCUUACAUAAAGGGGAAACCAAUUUAUCUUGUUGGCGAAUCUAUUGGUGCAUGUGUUGCUCUUGCUGUUGCUGCACGCAACCAAAAUGUUGAUUUGAUAUUGAUUUUAGCCAAUCCAGCUACAUCCUUCUCCAAGUCUCAGCUUCAAUCAUUGUCUCAGCUUCAUUCAUUCACAACUUUCUUGAGAGUACUGCCAGAACCUCUCCAUGCUACUAUCUCCAAUUCCUUUCGUUUGAUUACAGGUUCAGGUAUGGAUGCUCAUGUGAAAGAAAAUGCUAUUCAUCAAAUUUUUGGGGGGUUACCAGAGAACCUCAACAAAAUUUUUGAUGGCCUUUCUUUUCUGGUUGAUAUUUUGCCAAUGGAAUCACUUUUCUGGAAAUUAGACUUGCUAAAAUCAGCUUCUCUCUUUGUGAAUUCUCGUCUUCAUGUUGUAAAAAAUCAGACAUUGAUUGUAGCCAGUGGGAGGGACCUAUUAUUGCCAAGCCGUGAAGAAGCUGACAGGCUUAGGAAUUUACUGCCAAAUUCAAGGAUCCGCCAUUUCCAAGAAAGUGGUCACGCCAUUUUCUUAGAAAGUAGCAUUGAUUUGGUAUCCAUAGUAAAGGGGGCAGGCUUUUAUCGUCGUUCAAGACAACUUGAUUAUGUAUCAGAUUAUUUAUCGAUGACUCCAGAUGAGUUCCAGAAGGUAGCAGACCAAUACAGAUGGGUUGAUCUUGCUGCUAACCCUGUGAUGCUGUCAACUUUGCAAAAUGGUAAAAUAGUGAAUGGCCUAAGUGGAAUUCCAUCAGAAGGACCUGCUGUGUUUGUGGGGUACCACAUGUUAAUGGGUUUAGAGCUGGGUCCCUUGUUCACCAGAUUCCUUACUGAGAAAAAGAUCCAUCUACGAGGAAUUGCUCAUCCAUUCCUGUUUAAUAGGGAUACUGAGCAGCUAAUGCCUGAUUCAUCAUCAUUCGAUUCAUACCGUGUCGUGGGUGCUGUUCCUGUCUCAGCCCCCAAUUUCUAUAAGCUUCUAUCUGCCAAAGCUUCUGUCUUAUUGUACCCUGGAGGUGCACGAGAAGCACUUCAUAGAAAGGGUGAAGAAUACAAGUUAUUUUGGCCAGAAAAGCCAGAGUUUGUCAGAAUGGCAGCAAGGUUUGGUGCCACAAUCAUUCCAUUUGGGGUUAUUGGAGAAGAUGACAUAUGUAAUGUCUUGCUUGACUAUGAUGAUCUUCUUAAAAUUCCAUUUUUUGAUAUAUUAAGCAAGCAAAUAAAUGGCGAUGCUGUUAGGUUGAGGGCUGACUCCAAUGAAGAGGUGGGAAAUCAAAACCUUUACCCUCCAGUUUUGUUACCGAAGAUACCUGGCCGGUUAUAUUUCUUGUUCGGAAAGCCCAUUGAAACAAAAGGAAUGCGACUGGAACUAAGUGAUAGAUCUAACGCCCAACAGCUUUAUCUUCAUGUGAAGUCAGAGGUUGAGAAUUGCAUUGCAUAUCUAAAGGAGAAAAGAGAGGAAGACCCUUACAGGAAUUUCUUGCCAAGGCUUCUUUACCAAACAACUCACGGUUUUGAAGCAGAAGUCCCCACAUUUAAACUUUGAUCAUCUAUUUUUCCUUGUUAUUUAUUAGUGACGAACUCACCUCCAUUUUAGCCAAAAUUGGUUUUGUCAUCAUUCGUAACAUCAUUGAUUUAAGAAUAAAGGAGAGAAACAUAAGUUGUCACAGCCGAAUUUACAGUAUACUGAAACUGCACACCUAUCUAUCUGUGAGAACUCUGUGGAUAUUUAGUAUUAAUUUUUUUUUUUAGAUUUUAAAAUUUAGGUUAUAAAGGUAAUUUUAAAAAAUAAUAAUAAUAAGGGUUACAGUGCAAUUUGUGAUAUAACGUAUCACUGACCUACACGGCGCCGAUCUUAUUUGUCUGACUCCGGAGGCGGACACGCGCAGUGCUUCGAAGGUGAUGGAGCGGUGCUUCUACUUCUUCGACGAGCACUCCUCUCCUAGCGUCAAGAACCUUGACGCCGACGAGCACUUCCCUUUCCUCCGGCAACGAUCCUCAUGCGACGCUAUCUUCUUUCCUUGUUGAGGCGCAGCAGAAGAUUUUCGAGUUACAACAGGAGGCCCUUUUGUUGACUAAAGAUGGCAGUUGGUCCCGCUCUGUUCUCUGAGAUUGGGAAGAGAGUGAAAG